GUUAGAUGUAAAGACUAGUGGCUACCCGCUACCCAACACACUCUCAAUCCCUGUGGCAAUACACCAUAUACAAUCCCGCAGAUAGACAUUGACGUCCUGCAACAUGUCGGGAACUGAUGACCACGAAACACACGAGCCUACCAACACAUACGCCCUCCUCGUACCGCAUCCUUCCUUGUUUUCAGUCGAUAUUCUGGAGCUGCUGUAUGCUUUCUACGGAAAGUUCGGGACCAUACUACACUGGGCACCUGUCAAAGGCUUAGGCAGGGUCAUUAUCGUUUGGGAUCGGGUUGACGCAGGACGAUCGGCUCGUGAGAUUGGAGGCGGGUCGCUUACCAUCGGAAAUCGGGAGAACAUCCUUGGGGAUGGUACGGACGCCAGCAAACGUCAGCAAGGUCUGACUCUGCGUCUAUUCCCGCUGCCCGCUACAUCCCAGUCGAUUCUACUCAACCUGGCUCAGGAGGGAAUGGAAAGUUCGACGCCUCACAAUCCUGAAAACCCCGAUCCGAAUCGUCUCUUACCUCCGGCCCAUCCUCGCAACUUUUUGGUGUCUCCGCCAGGUUCCCCUCCCGAAGGAUGGGAGCCAAUAGUAGAGGAUGCGCCCAACGAUCAGACUCUAGCCUCCGAUCUCAUCAAAGCGUUGGACUCGCUUCAGGUCGAUCCAAAUAACGUUCACAGGACGAGGUGGAUCGGGUCGGAUGACGACAGUGAGGCCGAUGGAGUUCAAGGACCCGGGAUAGAUGUCAUCCUGGAAACGUCCAGUGGUUUCACGGUGGCCGUGCAAGCCCCUCCAGAGCUAGAGACGAAUUCUGCGGAGGUCGUCGACCAGGUGGAAUACCUUUUUGAUUCUGAUGCAAGAGUUGGUGCAGCCUCGGGGAUCUCGGGCGAACGAGCCACUGUUGACAGCAUGCAAGGCCGUUAUCAAUCUUCUGCGGGAUGGCGGACACCCGGUCUAGGCGAGAGGACUUACAGUGGUCGGCCUACACCGACGGCGAGGCCACCAGUUGCAUAGCUUAGCGAGUUUCAAUCCCUCAAUUUUGGCCUACACCCAGUGACGACAAUUCUAUGCUAGACACGACCAAGCGGGAGAGCAUCCGAGCGACCCCGUAGUUAACGAGAUACCCAUAAUGUAACCCACAGUGCCAGUUGAUAUUUCGCCGACAUGUACAAUUCGAUUCUUGUCUGAUUCAAAACGCAAG